UGAUGAGUAAUGACGCCAUGGAUGAUGCCAUCAAGAUAUUUUUUUCUACUUUUUUUUCACACUAAAUUGACUGAAUUGCAACCAACCAAAUUAAUUCUUUCUUACUGGAAGCAAAUGGCCACCGCCAACACCAGCGCUGCCACUACUACUCCGCCACUGCAAGACCGAAUAGCCAUCGUCACUGGCUCAUCCCGCGGCAUCGGCAAGGCCAUAGCCAUUCACUUGGCUUCGCUGGGUGCCAAAAUCGUCGUCAAUUACACUUCCAACAAAGAUCAAGCUGAUCUCGUCGCUAAUGAAAUCAAUUCUUCUAUUAACGACGACAACCGCAGCACACGAGCUAUUGUUGUCCAAGCUGAUAUAUCGGAGCCUGACCAGUUCAAGUUGUUGUUUGAUGAAGCCGAGAGAGUUUUUGGAUCAGAGGUUCAUGUCUUGGUUAAUUCAGCUGCCAUUAGUGAUUCCAAGUAUCCUACCAUUGCCGACACUUCUGUCGAGGAUUUUGAUCGCAUUUUCAGUGUAAAUUGUAGAGGCACAUUCUUAUGCUGCAAAGAGGCAGCAAAUAGGAUAAAACGGGGCGGAGGAGGAAGAAUCAUAUUGAUAUCAUCUUCAUUAGUGGGUGCAUUGAAACCAAAAAUUGCAACAUACACAGCUUCAAAGGCAGCAGUGGAGACCAUGACUAGAAUACUGGCAAAAGAGCUGAAAGGAACUGGCAUCACUGCGAAUUGUGUAGCACCUGGACCUAUUGCUACUGAAAUGUUCUUUGAGGGAAGAAGUGAGGAGUAUGUGAAAAGUGCUAUUGAGGUUUGCCCACAUGGUAGGCUUGGUGAACCCAUGGAUGUGGCUCUUGUUGUUGGGUUCUUGGCUACCGAUGCUAGUGAAUGGGUCAAUGGACAAGUCAUUCGUGCUAAUGGUGGCUAUAUUUAGGAUUUGGUAUGUGGUCUAUGUCCUCCUUCAAAUGGUUGUUCCUUGUUUUUUUUAGAUGUUUCUAUAACGAGUUAAUGAAAAUUGGUGCUGAUGUUGUCACAGUGAAAUGUGAUGGUAUCAGUAACAUGUAUCUAUACCAACAAGAGCACAAAUUUUUCUUUUUGGUGUAGAAAACAUAACGCUGUAUACGGUGAAUUAUAUUUCGAUUCAACUCAAAUUAUCAUUAAAUUUGACAGGUUGAAAAA